AUGGACAACGGAGCUUCCGUGCUCGGAAGCCUCACGCUUGGUGGCUACGACGCUUCGCGGUUCAUGGAAAACGACCUGACCUGGAGCUUCGCGCCUGAUAACGAGAGGGAUAUCGUCGUGGGCAUUGUGGACAUAUCGGCAACCAGCGCUACCAAGUCAAACAUCAGCCUCCUCAACCGCGAUCCGUUUUCCAUGUACAUCGACUCUACUGUUGCCGAGCUCUGGCUGCCUGUUGAAGUGUGUGAAGCUUUUGAGGAUGCCUUUGGAUUGGUUUACGACAAUAUCACAGGCCUGUAUCUUGUCGACGACCAGCUACACGAUAGGCUCAAGGCGGAAAAUCCUUCCGUUACCUUCCUGCUCGGCCAAAAGUACUCCACCAAUGCAACUGUCAAUAUAACGCUUCCUUACGACGCAUUUGAUUUGCAAGCCAGUCCGCCGUACAAAGGCUUGACCAAUGCGACCAACUACUUCCCUAUAAGGCGUGCUACGAAGGACAACCAAUUCACGCUCGGGCGCACCUUUCUUCAGGAGUCGUAUCUGACCGUGGAUUGGGAGCGUCAGAAUUUCUCUAUAUCUGCGUGCAAUUGGGUGCUUGAUGAAAACAAGAACAUUGUUCCCAUCAUCUCACCCAAGUACACCGGCGAGAAUGAUGCUUCAUCGAGUGGCCUUUCGACGGGAGCUAUCAUCGGCAUCGCGGUGGGCGUUGGCCUGGUUGUGAUACUCGCUGCGGGUGCAUUCUUCUUAUGGUUCCGUCGACGACGACAAAAGCAAGAGGACGAGAAGGCCAAGGCAGAGUAUGCGGAACAAGCUGCGGCUGCCGCAAAAGAAUCUUCAAGCGAAAAGGAGGAGCCUGCGAAAGAAAACGGACAAGGGCACGUGUUUCCAAAGGCCGAGUUACCAGCGGAUUCGAAGCACGCAGAUGCAGACAGAAAGGACGGGGACUCGCCUACGUUUGGAAGGGUAGUCGAAGCGGAGAACACGGAGCGACCCAUCUACGAAAUGGAAGGCGAUGCGCCUGCCCCGAAUGAAGCCGGCGGACGGCAGCUUUCAGAAAAAGAGACGAUGAUGGUUCGCGAAGCAAGGUACAACGGAGUGGACCCGAGUGGGACUCCAGACACUCUAUCGCCCGGGUUAGAAGAAAACACGCGGCACCGACCUGCACCGUUGACCGGGUUGGAUGUCGCCAUGGUAAACAGGAGAUUACCCGUGUCUCCAGUAACACCUUUGACGCCGCGCACCAGAGAUGGGGCGAGCUUGGAAGCAAACGAUACGUUCUUUCAGCCAUUGCAGCGGCGGACCCCGCGCGACGGCAGCUCGUUGGAAGCGGAGGAUGCGCUUCUCUCUCCUGUCUCUCCGCUAGAUGGGCCAACAGACACGUCGCGACGGCGCUUUUCUUACGAAUCAUGA